UUUAUUCUACUUCCGCUCACGUGAGUUAUCCAAGGAGAACAUGGCUUCCACAGGUGGGAGUGUUUUCACUGGCCGCGGGAGAGCUGGGUCCAAGUUGAACGUCGUUUAUGAUGCCGAGGGGAAUGAGAUCGAGGUUGUUGGUGGCAUGACUUGGUGCAUAACUACAUGUAACUUCGACAUUGAUGUAGAUCUGCUCUUCCAAGAGAACUCUACAAUAGGACAAAAAAUUGCUCUAACAGAAAAGCUGGUUGCUGUGUUGCCUAAAAUGAAGUGCCCUCACAGAAUAGAACCCCACCAGAUCCAGGGGCUGGACUUUAUACAUAUAUACCCAGUUGUGCAGUGGCUGGUGAAGAGAGCUAUUGAGACGCGAGAAGAGAUGGGGGAUUACAUCCGAGCCUUUUCCGUGUCGCAGUUUAACAAGAACCACAAAACACCAGAGGAUGAACUAUUUGAACAGUUGAAGGAGAAGGCUGUUUCUUCAGUUAGUGCAGUGAAAGUAUGUAUCAGCUCUACUAUUCAAAAUCAUAUCUUAAAGGGGAGGCUCACAGCCGGUAUGGUAGGCUCUAUUGUAGGGCUUCAGGCAGAGGAAAUACAACAAAUGGCUUCUGAAUAUGCUGAGAAGCAAGCAGAAGUUGGUCAGCUGGAGAAACAAGAAAGAGUGGGCGGAGUCCAGCACCACAAACGGGCAGUUGCUUCUUUGACCAAGCAGAUACAAAAUGCUCAGUCCCAUCUAGAUGAGGUUCAAACUAAGCAUGCUGAAUUACAUGCCUCGUACGUUGCCACACAGGAGAAAUUGAAAGAGGCUCAAGAUUACAGUGCUAGAGUGGAUGAUGAAAUGGAGAAAUUGACUGGGAUUGAGACAGGAGAGAAUAGAGCAAUUCUUGAAAAGUUACGUGGAUUGGUUGCCAUGAAUGAAAAUCUUAAGAAACAGGAACAGGAGUUUAAGGCCCAUUGUAAGGAAGAGAUGGCGAGAUUACAGGGAAAUAUUGAGAGCCUGAAAGCGGAGGCUGGAGAGGAAGCCGGAGAAGAUCAGGAAAGGACUAAGAUGAUUGAGCGCCAGUUUGAAGCAGACAAAGAGAAACUGCAUAAGAUACGACUUCUACUGGCACGGAAGACUCGCGAAAUAGCAGCGCUGCAGCGAAAGAUUGACGAGGUACCAUCCCGGGCAGAGCUGAGCCAGUACCAGAGGAGAUUUGUGGAACUUUACAACCAAGUUGCUUUUACCCACAAAGAAACCAAACAGUUUUAUACACUGUACAACACCCUGGAUGACACCAAACUUUACCUGAACAAAGAGUUUAACCUACUUAAUUCCAUACAUGAUAAUUUUUCACAAGCAAUGUCUUCCCCAGCCAAUAAAGAACAGUUUCUGAAACAGUUUGAACAGAUCGUAGAAGGUGUCAAACAAAACCGAGCCAAGAUGGACAAGAAGAAACAGGAGGAAAAAAUGAGGCGGGACCAGUUAAAUGACCAGUAUUUGGAUCUAAUUGAAAAGCAGAGACAGUAUUUUAAAACUGUCAAAGAUUUCAAAGAGGAAUGCCGCAAGAAUGAAAUUCUUUUGGCAAAGGUUAAAAGAUGAAAGGAAUCCCAAAAGGUGACAUUAGAAUCAUCAAGGUGAAAGAAGAAUUCCCAACUUGAAGGAAAGAUAUUUUGUAAUCGUUCUUUGUUUGAAUGGACUACAAGUAAUUAAUUGAGGAAUUUUUUCUGUAAAUUGGAAGUCACUACUUCAUAAUCUUCUUAUUGAUAUUUUCUUUUUAUACUCAUUACAAAUUGAUUUGUGUAUCACUCUUUGUAAAAGAAAAACCUGGUUAAUGACAAAAGCAAAUCCAUUGAAAAUCAUAAUAUUUAUUUGUUUUUUAUGAGAGAUGUUCAGUAGAAAGUCAUUCAUAUGACAUUGUCCUUAGUUAUAAAAAAAACUUUCACAAAAGACAGUUUUAUGAUUCUUCAUGUGAUGGUUCCUGUAACUGUAAGUUAAAAUGUGAUGGGUCUAAAUAGACAUAUCACCAAUUACUGUAAGAAUUUGUAGAAUUAAAAUGAUGCCAAGAAAAAACUCAACAGUUGUCCUUUAUUUAAAAAAAUUUUUUUUUCCUUCAUGUUUUACUAUAAUGUUAUUUCAUUAUCAUAAUAAUGGGAGUAGCUAUCUAAAACCUACAAUUUAACUGUUAAAUUGUUUUUAGGGAGUGUUGAUGUAAUAUUUGCUCUGAAAAUUGUGUAGUCAUUACAAUAAAACCUAUUUGUAAAAAUAGGCCCCAGAAAACAGUAAUUACAUUAAAAAAUUUACAGAAAAAUGGGGCCGACAAAGCAGUCAUAACAAUAAAAAUUGUCCAGUAAAUUGUAAAAAUCUAUAAAACAUUGUGAAAAUAAUACUAUUUUAUGCUAUGACAAUAUAUCUAUUGCUCUUUUGAUAUGGAUAAAGCACCCCUAGUGUUUAAAAUUAUUUUGUAUUUAAAUGAAGACAAGGCUUAAAGGCUGUCAAACAAUAAGUAAUUAUUCACUGACUUCUUCAUAAUUCUUAAAAUCAAUACUUUUGGUCCAUUUAAAUGUGGUAUUAGGUUUACUUACAUUAAUUUGCAAACAUUAUCACAAUAUACCCAUAGCUAACUAUUGCUGUAAAACACUUCUCAUGUUAAGUUUACUUUCUAUUAAAAAGGCAGGACUAGUUUUGGAUACAAGCAAUAAGUAACUGUUCAAUACUACUUCAUAUUUUUCCUGAGAAAAGGAUUUGUGCAAGUUUUACACAAUAAUAUUGAUCAAUAUAAAUGUGAAAGUAAAUAUGCUGCUUUUAUAAAACUCGCUUUUCAGUACUUUUACAAA